UGAAGUAUGGCGACCACCACGAAACAGUAAAACAUACGUGCCUGUAUCAUGUUUUGCGUUUGUUUUGUAAUCGAAUAUCGUUCAGUGAUCACAAGUUAAAACGUUAAUACCAUAUUCCAUUUAACUGGUUUCGAAGUGCUCACACAGACAUGAUUGAGGUUACAGACUUCCAAAAGAUUGGAGUUGGCCUCGCAGGGUUUGGCAUUGCUUUCCUGUUUCUUGGUGUUCUGCUACUCUUCGAUGCAGGGCUUUUAGCGCUAGGAAAUAUACUGUUCCUGUCGGGGUUGGCGUUUGUGAUCGGAUUUCAGAGAACCCUUAGCUUCUUCUUCCAGCGGCACAAAUGGAAAGCCACAACAUUUUUCUUCGUUGGAAUGUUUGUAGUUCUCGCUGGUUGGCCUGUCGUAGGAAUGAUUGUGGAGUUGUACGGGAUGUUCUUGUUGUUCAGUGGAUUCUUGCCUGUAGCUGUGAAUUUCUUGCGCCGGGUUCCUGUGAUAGGAACUUUUCUUAACCUACCAUUUAUAAGUAUGAUGGUGACCUGGAUAGCUGGAGAUUCUAACUCCAUGGUAUAGCAAAUGCCUUUUUGUAUAAUAUGAGAGCAUAUUGUGAGUCAUAGCAAGAAUAUGGUAAUAUUCUUGUAUUUAUUGUGUUAACUAUAGUAAUGGGAUAGUUCUACAUGUAUCACAUAAUCAAACGGUUUAUAUCUGCUGAUAACUGCAAGAAGAUAAAUUGUUUAUUUGUAUAUGGUAUCAGUAUUUGCAGAGGUUUCCAGAUGACUUGCAAUUGCAGUGUGUUUGAAACUACUUGUAACUAGUGAUAGUUUUCAAGAGCUUGUUCAUCUUUACAGGAGUGUAUCAAUAUUGAUACACUCCUGAUCUUUAUAUAUAUUUCUCUCUGUUCACUCUCCCCUUGUUUUCCAAUGAGAUAUAUGAAGAAAUGAAUCAAAGUAAAAGGUUGCAGGGUUCAUAGAUGCCCUGGAAAAACCUGGAAAGUUAUGAAAUGUUAAAUGCCCAUUUUUCAGGUUUGGAAUGUCCUGGAAAGUGUUAGAAAAUAAGCUAUUGUUGUGUUUGGCCCUGGAAAUUCUUUGAAAUUAAGGUCAUGUUUGUCUUCUAUAAGAGAUAAUAGAAUUUGCUUCUUCAUGCAAGAAUUUGUGCACUAAUUGUUGGUUGGGCGAUAUGAGGUACAAAGAUUGUAUUGGGUUAAAAUGUCGUGGUCAUAGCAAAUAGAUCUGGAAAACCGAUGGAAAAAUGUUUUGCCAUAGGUGUACAAACGCCGUAUGUAGUUAGUCAUCUACCUAGUUGUAAUCAGCAUGGGCUGUUUGUAAACUAAUAGUACAAUCGGUUUUUGAUAUACAUCUGGAACUUAUUUAUUACUUUUGUAAUUUAAUUAAUUUACCUUUCCUAAUAUUUCCAUGUAGGUGGUGCUGAACUCUAUAGGUAUUCUAUUUCUAGUUCAGUGUGUAGUAGCAGUAACACCAGAGUGCAGUUCCACCUAUUUUUAUGUGUUAAACACGUCUCGUUAUGUUCUCACGUGAACAAAAUGUGCUGAAGGUUGUUAAGCUUCUGUGCGAAAGAAAGUAAUACUUAGAUAAUGGAAGUAUAAUUAUGCAUGAACUCGUGUCAUAGAAACGCAAAUGGAAUUUGAUACAAAUGAUGUAAUUAAUCAAACCAAAGGUUUAAUUAUUCUGGAAGACAUCACAUCGUACCAUCUUGACUGUCGAUUCGUUGAAUAGCGUAUAUAUAUAUAUUACCAUAACCGGUCUUUGGUGAACCUAUUGCCAAAGAUCUCGGGGCGCAUUAUAUGAUAUAUAUAUAUAUACUUCUACUCAAUAUAUAUAUUAUGUUCAUUGUAUUACACAGUGCAUCCUGUAUACUUGGGUGAUCGUUUGAGAUUCUGCGUGAAAACCAUACAUACAUAUUCUAUUCCUGCUAAUACCUGAGGAAGAAGGUUAUCGCUCGAUAAUCGAAGAUGGGAUGGCUUGUUACGCUCUACUGCUCCCUUCUUACCGUCAUGAUAUUUGGCAGGACUCUGGAACAUGCUCUAAACACACAGUCUGCCGGAGCUCUCGGGCUCAUAAUGGUCCGUCAUGUAGCCCCUACAGUUCUUCUGUGCAUGCUGGUGUUACACAUGUGAUCGUGUCACAAUCACUGAGUGUGGUAAUGGUGUAGGGAUCCUCUCGAAACGACUACUCAAUAGAAAUACCGGCCAAUAUACUGUAUUUUUAUAUUUGCUCACGUAAAUAAACUGUAUAUAUAUAUAUAUAUAUAUAUAUAUACGUCACACACAUGGUA